GGUAUGCAGAGGCUGCGGCCAGCAGGGAGGGAGGAGCAAGGGGACCAGGAGGGGCUGGGAGGACAGGAGCCAGGGCCAGACCCAGAGCUGAGCCAGGCCAGCAGCGGCAGGACUUCUGCACCUCACAGGGCCGUCUGCACCAGAGGCCUGAGGGAGGAGGCUGGGCAGCAGCCACAAGCAGGUGCUCACCUCUCUGCUGUCUCCGGAGACUCCAGGUGGUCAAGAGCUCCCACGAAGGGCACCAUGAGCACCACAGCUGCCACCUCUGUCACCCCUGGCCCAGAAGCUGCCCCAAAGCCAAGUGCCAAGUCUAUCUAUGAGCAGAGGAAGCGUUACUCCACAGUGGUGAUGGCCGAUGUGUCCCAGUACCAGGUCAAUCACCUGGUGACCUUCUGCUUGGGCGAGGAGGACGGCGUGCACACAGUGGAGGAUGCAUCCAGGAAGCUGGCUGUCAUGGACAGCCAGGGCCGCGUCUGGACCCAGGAGAUGCUGCUGCGCGUGUCCCCUGGCCAUGUCACGCUGCUCGACCCGGCCUCCAAGGAGGAGCUGGAGUCCUAUCCCUUGGGCUCCAUAGUGCGCUGCGACGCGGUGACGCUGCCGGGCCGGAGCCGCUCGCUGCUGCUGCUGCUGGUGUGUCAGGAGCCCGAGCGCCCACAGCCCGACGUGCACUUCUUCCAGGGCCUACGGCUAGGGGCGGAGCUGAUCCGAGAGGACAUCCAGGGGGCUCUGCAUAGUUACCGCUCGGGACGUGGGGAGCGCAGGGCAGCGGCGCUUAGGGCAGCGGAGGAGGAGCUGCAGCGCGGGACUGCGCCCGCCGCCCAGACCCCGCCCCUGCAGCGCCGCCCGUCUGUCCGCGCGGUGAUCAGCUCAGCGGCGCCCACCGCAGGGCGCUGGGCGCCCCCGGUGCAGCGCAUCCCCGAGGCGGAGGCGGAAACGGAGGCGGAGGCGAAGCCCGGCCCGGCGAGCGCCGCAGCGAGCAGGGCAGACCCCGCGAGUCCGGACCUGGGCCCGCGCGGCCCGGAGCUGGCCGGUCUGCAGGCGGAGCGCGAAGUGGACAUCCUGAACCACGUGUUUGAGGACAUAGAGACCUUCGUGUCGAGGCUGCAGAAGUCUGCGGAGGCCACCCGCGUGUUGGAGCACCGGGAGCGUGGCCGAAGGACCCGGCGCCGGGCGGCUGGGGAGGGCCUGCUGACGCUGCGGGCCAAGCCACCCUCGGAAUCCGAGUAUACGGACGUGCUUCAGAAAAUCAAGUAUGCCUUCAGCCUGCUGGCCCGACUGCGCGGCAACAUCGCCAACCCCUCCUCCCCGGAGCUGCUGCACUUUCUGUUCGGACCGCUGCAGAUGAUCGUGAACACAUCCGGUGGCCCUGAGUUCGCCAGCGCCGUAGGGCGGCCGCACCUGACCUCCGAGGCUGUGACGCUGCUGCGAGACAAUGUCACCCCUCGGGAAAACGCGCUGUGGACCUCGCUCGGGGACUCCUGGACCCGCCCCGGGCUGGAGCUGCCCCUAGAGGAGGGACCCGCUUACAGCCCCAAAUUUUACAGCGGCUGGGAGCCGCCGGCCACCGAUCCCCAGGGCCGUGCCUGGGAGGACUCGGUGGAGAAGCAGCUCCAACACGAGCGGCAGCGCCAGCAGCAAAGCGCACCCCAAGUCGCCGUCAAUGGAUCCCAGUUAACCUGGCCCCCUCCCCAGCUUGGCUCUAACCUCUACUCGCACCAGCACCUCACAGCCCAGACCAGUGGGGCUGGCUGCCUUUUCAUCUCCACCUUCCCAAUUCCUCUCAGUCACCCAGAGCCGGAGCCAGGGCCAGAGCCAGCAGGAAAGUGGGUCCUCUGUAAUUACGACUUCCAGGCCCGCAACAGCAGCGAACUGUCCAUCAAGCAGCGAGCAGUGCUGGAGGUCCUGGAUGACAGGCGCAAGUGGUGGAAGGUUCGGGACCAACAGGGCCGGGAGGGUUAUGUACCCUAUAAUAUCCUGACACCCCAUCCCGGACCCCGAGCGGACCACAGCCAGAGCCCUGCGCGAAGCCCGGAGAACAGCACGCCUCCUCCUAACCCCCCAGCUCCAGCCCGGGCCCCAGCUCCCGCUCAGCCCCACUGGGACAGCUGCGACAGCCUCAGCAACUUGGAGCCUAGCGAGAAGGAGAAAUUCUCCCAGAUGCUGAGUGUGAACGAGGAGCUGCAGGCGCGCCUGGCCCAGGGCCGCUCGGUUCCCAGCCGCGUAGCCCCGGGACCCCGCGCACCGGAGCCGCAGCUCAGCCGGAGCUCCGACGCCGCGGAGGUCCGCGCCUGGCUACAGGCCAAGGGGUUUAGCGUUGGGACUGUGGACGCGCUGGGCGUGCUGACAGGUGCGCAGCUCUUCUCGCUGCGGAAGGAGGAGCUGCGGGCGGUGAGCCCGGAGGAAGGCGCGCGCGUGCACAGCCAGCUCACGGUGCAGCGUGCGCUGCUAGAGGACAAAGAGAAAGUGUCCGAGCUGGAGGCGGUGAUGGAGAAGCAGAAGAAGAAGGUGGAAGGCGAGAUGAAAGCGGAGGUCAUCUGACCCUCGCCGGCCCCUUCGCCGACGUGACCGUGACGGGGCGCCUGCCCCGCGGGACCGCGGACUCCAGUCCCGGAGGACCGCCGAGCUGGCCCGGGCCCGCGCAGACGCACGGCCCCGCUGGAGUCCUGCCUCCCUGCCUGCCGAGCGCUCAAGGGGCCCUCCCUGGGAGCGGGCACCCCGCAACCCUGUGCCUCGUGACGUAUACCCUAGCCUAUAAACAGCCUCCUUUCAGUUAC